UCCCAUGGAUGUAUAAACAGGGAAGUCGGCUGUUUACGUGUGUUUAUUGUCUCUCUUUCUUCGCAGUGAACCGGAAACAUGGAUGUGUCGCAAACAUCAUACUGCACUGUGUUGGAUAAAAAGAAGCAGUCUAAAUUUAUCUGCUAUACACGCAGGAAAGACGGAAUAUUCAAUAUUUGCUCUGCUUCCUCUGAGUCUCCUCCAUGCUGCUGAGGUCAUUUCCCCUCCCUCAGCUCACAGUUUGACAGAUGCUGCUGAUGUUUGGAGCAAAGAGUACACUGAGGACACACUGAACCAGUUUAGACAGAGGUUUGCCUUGAAAUCUACAGAGGAUUACAUCCUGAAACUCAGGUCGGCCUGUGGUAGUGGGGACGUGUCUGUUGAGGUGUCUGACACCAGCGCAGAGCUCCAUGUGGGCUCCAGUGCAGGUGACCUGAGUGUGACCCUGUCCAGGCUGGAGGGCCCACGGGCCACAGAGGAGCUGAAGGAGCUGCUGUUCAGGAUGGCUGACAGCCUCACUCAGCCCGACAGUAAAUGUGGAACCCCGUCUGUCAGUCCUGUGAAAAAUCACCAAAGACGACUCGCAGAGUUUGAGCCCCAGCAGCCGCAGCAGAAUGGCGCUUCAUCAGUGGCGACUAAGAAAAGACUUCCAGGAGCUUCUCUCAUCAACCCAGGAACUAAAAAGAAGCGGCAGGCGACCGGCGUGGCUUUUGACGAUGUGGAUGAAGACUGAUCCUCAGACAACACUUUUUUUCUCCGCCAUGAUCUCACGCUGCUGCUGUACAACCAAACAUGAAUGUUUUUUAAUCCACCAACCCAACAUGAUGAAGUUAAUGCAGAGCUUUUAAAACGACAGCAUGUGUAAAUAUCUGCCUUUAUGGUGUACAAAAUCAGUGAAAACUGGAUGAUUUUUAAUGGUAUUUUAAUGGUUGUUGUUAUUUUAAUGAAUGAUGCUGUUACUUUUAUGACUUUAAUUUGACUUGAAAAAUGAAAUGAAAUGAAAUAAAGAAUAGGUUGAAAUUA